AUGCCACACGCCGUCGGUGAAGAGGAUCUCCAGGCGGAGAAGGACGACGAAGAGAUCCGGAAGCUUCUCGCAGACGAGACCCAAGAGGAUGCCCUUGGAUUCCUGGCGCGGGACCUAGAAACAGGCGAGAAGGCAGCGGAUGCUGUGGACUACGAGGAUAUCGCGGACGACGACCUUGCUGAGGACGAAGACGAGACCAACGGCAAUCGCAUCAACGGCGAUGACGAGGACGGCCUCGCCGGCCUGUUCUCAGACCCGGUAGAGGACAAUGAAGGCGCCGAUUUUGGCGAUCUGUUUGGCGACGAUGAGCCCUCAACACUCCUCGACGACAACCCUCAAAAUGCGACCCUCUUCAAGUCCAACAUCUCGGUCGAUACACAAUCUGCCGCGAACGCCGGUACUGGCACAACGUCGAAUGCGGGAAACGCUGACCAGCCGACCUUCCGGGAUGUUGAUUACGGUACAGCGGAUGAUGACGAGGAGGAGGAAGAAGAAGAGGAUGAGCAAACGCGGGAACAGCGUCGCCUGUUCGAUAUGUCUCGGCGAGACCAUUCGGGCGCAGCAGACUUACCAACUGCCGACGCUACCGAUCCAGACCUUUUCGAACAGAUGUGGCCUGACUUCGAGGAGGGGGUUCCCUUGCGGUUUGCCAGAAUUAUACCACACAAACGCGCUUUCUUCCUUGCCAAAACACCUCUGAAGCCGCCGAAGCCUAUACAGCCAUCCAAGGUGAAUCUCGAGAUUCAGCAGGACCAGGAGCGGAGUUUCAGGCUUCCGGAUAACCUCACGACGCGGAAGUCGGUUCCAAAUGGCGAUGCAGAUGAGCGAGGCAUAGUUGUCAUUACCGACGGGAAGCAUGAGGUGGCUGAUAGUGGCGAUGAGAUCGACCUAGACAAUUCUGAUGAUAUAGACGAGGACGAGAUGGUCGCAGGCGUUUCCUGGAAAGAUCUGAGGGUCAUCUGCCAAGACUUGGAAAUUCCAAGUCCAGACACUUUGUCAAGCAACGGAGAGGCAGAAGCGUUUCGGGUCGAUGAUUUUUCACCUGACAACGAGUGGAUCAAAGGGAUGAUCGCACCAUUAAAGCGACGGACUGGUGAUCAUGGAGGCCUACCGCAACACGUCCCUAUCUACGAUAGGAGCUUUCCUUCGUUCGAUGACCCCGAGGCGGCGACUGCUAAGAUUGCAAGAAAGACUGUUCUAGAUCUGAACGAUCCUCAACUACUCAUAGACGAGCAACAGCCAGCUGUAGAGGCUAAGAAGCUUCGGACACUAGCCCCUACAUCCAGACGCGAUGUCAGAGGGAAGCACGUCAACCCAAUGAAGCAACGCUUCAAUAUCUCCAACGACGAUGCCUAUGAUGCGUUGAAAGAGAAUCAUCAACACAAGGUCCGAAGUACAAUAGGGACUUUGGCUGUAGAGCACGGAAUGCCUGCUUUAAGGUUGCAAUAUCCAUUCUACCAGAUCACUCUGUCUGACAGGGAACUUCGCGCCUUCCAUCGGCCAGCAUUCCAUUGCAAGCCAGGAGAACGAGCCAACUUCACCCCAAACAAGACCUUGAAGCGAAAGCGCUUCAAGAAUCUAAAGCCGCAGGCUAUCUACGAGCGAGCAGAAGACUUGACUUUGGGAGACAACUCGACCAUGCUCCUUUGUGAGUAUUCGGAAGAGUAUCCUAUGAUGCUAUCCAAUCUCGCAAUGGGCAAUAAAUAUGUUCAUUACUAUCGACGAAAGGAUGAAGAGGACAACGCCCGCCCGAAGCACGACAUAGGCGAGACCGCGGUGCUCCUUCCCCAAGACCAGAGUCCCUUUUCAGUCUUUGGCUAUGUCGACCCAGGCCAGGAAGUACCUGCUCUUCAUAAUUCGUUGUAUCGUGCACCUAUUUUCCGGCACGACCCUAAGUCCACCGAUUUCUUGGUUUGCAGAAGCCAAACUGGCGUAGAAGGCUCAAGAUGGUAUCUCAGGAACAUGGAGAACUUGCAUGUCGUUGGUCAGCAAUUGCCUUCGGUCGAGAUUCCGGGAACCCAUGCACGAAAGGUCACUGAGAUAAACAAGAAGCGAUUGAAGGCGCUCGGGCUUCGUAUGUACACGAAAAACAAGCACCGCAAUGUCCGAGGCCCAUACGCUAGUAAUGAAAUGAUCAGAGAUCAUCUCCCUGGCACAGACAUCGCCUCCAACCGCUCCAGACUGAGGGACAUUAUGCAGUACAACACGAAUACAAAGUCAUGGGAGCCAAAACUCAACGAGUCUAUCACGACGGAAGAGCAAUUCCGGGCAAUGAUCAAGCCGGAAGAAAUCUGUCUAAUGGACGCUAUGCAAGUCGGUGCUAGAUACCUUGCCGACGCGGGCGAAAACACGGCUGAGUUGAUGGACGUGAAGGAAGGAGAUAACACAAAUGAUAGUAUCGUGGCGAAACUGGUUCCAUGGCAGAUCACGAAGAACUUCCUAAGCGCGUGUCAGGGUAAGUCUAUGGUGGAGCUACACGGCGAAGGUGAUCCAACCGGUCGGGGUGAAGCGUUCAGCUUUAUUAGAACCUCGAUGAAAGGCGGCUUCAAGGAUGUGGGAGAGAGUCUCGAAGAUAAACUGGAUGCUAAGAAGAUCAAAGAACUUGGCGGGCACAGCUACAAUGUUGCCAGGCAGCAGAAUUCGUACGAUAACGCCAUCAAGCGUAUCUGGACCAAACAACAAGAGAGCCUGUCGUCGACCUUAGAACAUUCCGAUACCGAGAUGGACAUCGAUCAUGUUGAAACACAGCAACCUCUUGGUCGCGGGAUGACUCCCAGAUCUGAGUAUGGGACGCCCGCGGCAUUCCUUCGGGAUGAUGAGAGUCACAUCAGCAGGAUGAGCAACAACAGUCAGUCGAUCAAAAACAAGGUUCUGAGGAUCACUCGCAAGAUCAGGAAUGAGGAUGGCGAGAGUGAUGAUGAGACUAUCAUCGUUCGGGAUCCCAAGGUCAUUUCAUUGUAUCGCAAUCGGAGACACCAACAACAGCUUGAUGACACACUGAAGAACAUUGAACAAUUGAGGCCGUCCGGUAAUCCGGAGGAGGACAAUAUUAAAAAGAUGACUCUCCUCUCAGAACUCGCUAGACUGGAGCGCAAUGUUGAGCGGCGACAAGGUCGGGAGAAGGCUAAGAAUAUGAGUGCGGUGGCUGUAUCCAAUGCUGCUACACCGGGAUCUCCGUCAGCUGCUGCCCCGAAAAACGCAGGGACUCAACGAAAAUGUGCUAAUUGCGGAAUGGUCGGGCACAUCAAGACGAACAAAAAACUUUGUCCUCAGCUCAAUGGCACGGCGAGUAGGCAGAGUGAUGCGUUUGACAGUUCGACGGCAUUCGCAUCUCCAAUUGCCGCGACGCCUUCCUCAUCACAGGCGCCAGCUCCGUCUGCGGGUUCACCUUUUUAGGUGAUUUUGGUUGGCUCAGGAGUGGAGUUAAGGAUUAGUGAGGAAUGCUUUGAUAUUUUGGAUGCAUUGAGCAGGC